CAGCUCCCCAAUCCCACUUCGUCCAUCGCCAAGUGCCAGUUCAACCCAAGCGGAACCGACAACAAGAUGAAGGUUUUCGUCUGCCUGAUUGCCUGCUUUAGCCUGGCCCAAUCCGGAUAUAUCGGAGGUGGUGGCGGUGGCUGGUCUUCCGGCGGAGGCGGUGGUGGUUGGUCCUCCGGCGGUGGUGCUGCACCCCCCACCAUUGUCAAGGUCAUCAGCGAGGAGGCUGGCCAUGGCGGCUGGUCCUCCGGUGGAUCUGGAGGUGGUUGGUCAUCUGGAGGUGGUUGGUCCUCCGGUGGUGGCCAUGGAGCUGCCGAGGAGCUCAAGAUCAUCAAGGUGAUCAGUGAAUCGGGUCACUCGCAUCAUGAUCACUCCCAUGAUCACGGGCACGGUCACGGUCACAGCCACGGCUCGGAGGUGAAGAUCAUUAAGGUCAUCCAGGAGGAGGACCAUGGUCAUGGUCAUGGUCAUGGCUACGACUACUCCAGCGGCGGCUAUGGAGGUCACCACACCGAGGAUGUCAAGAUCAUCAAGCUGAUCAGCUCCGGAAUCGCCGAUGGCGGUUGGUCCUCCGGCGGUUCGGGAGGCGGUUGGUCCUCUGGAGCUCCCAGCGGUGGCUGGUCUUCCGGCUGGAACUAAGGAGAUCCGAGGAAAUCCCAGGCAGAUCCAAGUCCCCAGGCAAUCCAGUGCGUUGAUGCCAACUCUUUUGUUCCUGUUGUUCGAGUUGCACGGCGAUAUUGGCUCUUUUUUUCUGAUGUUACGAAGUUAUGUUUAAGAUAGUGCA